CCUCUUUUCCUUUUUCUUCCUCACUAUUUUUCCUGGCCGCCGCCGCUAGUCUUCUUCCCCUUCUCUUCUUCCUCACCCCGGCUCGAUCUCCCCCAUGGCCGGCUCUUUCCUCGAGCUGCUCUCGCGCGCGCCCUCCGCUCCACCUCCCUCGCGCCCGCCCUCCUCUCCCCGUCCUCGAGCGCCUCCCUUCCUCCUCUGCGCCGGCGCCGCCCUCCACCUCCGCCGCCACCUCGCCGGCCCGAGCUCCUCCGGCCUCCUCUGUCUCCAUUUCCUGCCCGUGCUCGCCCCGGUGCCGCCGCCGUCGACCUGGCCGCCCCGCCCCGCUCCUGGCCGCGCCGCCCGCUGCCGUGCGCCGCCCAUCGCCGAUCCGCCCGGCGCCGCCUCCACCUCGCAUGCCCGCGCGCGCGCCUCCCGUCCUCCUCUGCUCCGCCCGCGCCUGCAACUCGCCCCCGGCGCCGCCCAGGUCCCUUCGCCGUCCUCGCUUGCUGCUCGCCCAAGCCGAGCCCCUGCACGACCCAAGCCUCCUUGCGUGCUGCUGCUGCUCUCUAUCUCCCUCUCGGUUGUGUGCUGCUGCUGCUCUCUAUCUCCCUCUUGGUUGCUGCUGUUGCUGCGCUAGCUCUCCCUCUCUCUUCUCUCCUGUUGUGGUGUUGCCACUGCUCUCUGCCCUCUCGGUGCUGCCGCUGCCCUCUCUCUUUGGUCUGUUGGUGCUGUUGUGUGUUGGUGUUGCUGUCGCCGUGUGCCGAGGAGACCGAAGACCUGGAGCCGGACGAGUUGCUGCGCACGACUACGUUCGAGGAGCCAUGAACAACGACUACGUCGCCUACGUGUACAAAUACUUCGCCUACGACACCUACAUCGCCCACGUGUGCGAUACCCUCUACCACGUCGCGACGCCGCAACGAGUCCAAGGCGAGAUGGCGGGAGCCGAAGCCGAGCUCACGACCGAGAGGGGGCCUUCCAAGGGGUCCGCGAUGGAGCGAGUGGCGAGCCGGCCGUCGAGGAAGAAGAAGGUCGCCUUUCGUCCGCAUGGGGAUCCUUCGGUGGUCCCAACGGCUCCGAUGGAGGGCAGUUGGGCUCUGGACUUCUUUCUCCCGUCUUCGGCGAGUCCUGAGGACCUUGUUUCGCAGGAGGAGGCGGGAUACUUCCCCAAGGGGGAUGGUAUCUUGCCCGAUGGGGAGGAGUUCAAGCUCGACCACAAGCGGCGUCCAGGGUGCAUCGUGGUGUUUUCGGCUUGGUUCCAUGCCGGCUUGUGUGUGCCUGUCCACCCCUUCCUGCUGGAGUUCUUGGAGACGUAUGGCAUCGAGUUGGCCCAGCUCCACCCUUCGGCGGUCGUGAAGUUGAACGUGUCUCGCUGGCUGUGUGAGACGGCGCUUCACGAGGAGCCUUCGAUGAAGUUGCUGCUGUUCUACUUCACCGUGGAGGUGAGGGAGUCGCUCACUCCUGAUAGCUUUACUCUGAGCGCCUUUGGUUCGGUGAACCUGAGACUUCGUUCCGGCUUUGGCGACGACUUUCUGCUCAUGCCGGGGAGGAGCACGGUGAAGUUGUUUGACAAGUGGGAGUCCCAGUGGUUUUUCCUUCGGGCUUUGAAGACACGUCUUCGACACUCAGGUGAUCUUCCUCGACACUCGGGGGCUGGAGGCCUCAAGGAGGAGCCUCACCCAGGCAAGCUUCGGUCGACCGACCUUUGGAAGGUGAACAAGAUCAAGGAGGUGUUCGCUGAGAGGAGCUUUCGCGACCUUAUGGAGGAGGUGGUGAUGGCGGGGCGCUUUAUGAUGAGGAGCCGCCCGAGGUCCGAGCUUGGGAUUCCUCAGUCUUUCCGCCCUCUGCAGUCCGUCACCACGCGGGCGUCCUGGUGUUCUCCAUCGGUCACAAGUGUCCCGAGGAGGAUGCUCCUACCUCGGGUGCGAGGGUCGCGGCUCCCGAGGUUCCCGAGGGCGAGCCCCUGACUCAAGUGAGGGACGGAGAGCUUCCGAUGACCGAGGAUGGGGUGAGAGACCCUCUUAUGACACUGGAGCUGGUGAGGGGUUUGGUCGAGGCCGUGGGCGCCCUUCCUUCCCUCAAGACUCAGGUGGGGGCGCUUUCUGCUGCUUUGGACGUGGAGAUGUCCAAGUCUACCCUUGCCUUGAGUGAGUUGGCUUCGGAGAGGGUGCGGCGCGAGGCCGUGGAGGCCGAGCUUUCCUGCGUUUCGGUGGAGCUCGCAGCCAUGGAGGCCAGGGCUCGGCUCGCUGAGGGGCGUCAGGCGGACGAGAUUGCGAAAACUCAUCGAGUUGAGGAGGACUUGGUGGUGGCCAACCUUGAUAGGGAGCACGCUCGAGCGGAGGCUGCUUCCCUCAAGGUGGAGUUGGCUGCAGCGAGUGAUGGCCCGAUGCUCGCUCCUCGUGCUCGCCCUCUUUCGGAUCGUCGUCCCGAGGUGGUUUCGCUUUUACUUGCUUAGGCCACCGAGAUUUGGGAGAUGAUGACUUUUUUUAGGAUCGUUUCCCAACCGGACCUUCCUCCGUGUCGCACGGUGGAUGAGGCAAGCAGGGUGUGCUUACUUCCCAGGUGGAGCUCAUCGAGCCUACCGUGAAGAAGUGCCUCCUGAGUACGGGUGCUCGACUUGUUUCGUCGGCGGUUGCGGCAGUCCUGGACGGCGGUGCCGGGAUGAGCGGGCUUGAGGGUGAGAUGUCUCAUGGGGCGAAGAAGUUUCUGGCUGACCAGGGUGCUCCUCUUCAUGCUCGGGCUCGACACUUCAUGCGUUGCCUUGAGCCCGCUCUUCAGGAGGGUGAUGGUGAGACGUGAGCCUCGUCGCCCUCGGAGGUGGUGAUGUACCUCAGCUGCUUACUUAUGCAAUGUUGCAUAUCUCCA